AUGGUGGAUAGUGUAUCGAGAUUUAUUAUUGCAACAACCCAUAUCAAGAAAAAUAAAAAUGAAAUAGGAGAACAAAUUGGAUACAAUAUAAAUUGGAUUGAAAAACAAUUCGAUGUAAAAGUUAAAGAGUUAAUCAUGGAUAGGGGUAAAGAGUUUGACAAUCACGUAGUUGAAGAAUUAGCUCACGAAAACGGUAUUAAUAUUAUAUAUACUUCUACUGAAGAUCACCAAGCUAAUGGAAGAGCUGAAAGAGGUAUAAGAACAAUUAUUGAGGACACAAGAACAUUAUUGCUACAAUCAAGACUUCCCUUAAGGUUUUGGACAUAUGCAGCUAAAGCUUCAGUGAAUGUGAGAAACUGCGUAUAUAACAAAAAUGUUGGAGAAUCACCAUUAAUGAAAAUAUCAAAACAUAAAGUGAAAAUUAAAUUAAGAUCAUUCAUACCAUUUGGUGCCCCAGCUAUGAUAUGGGAUUACAGAAGCAGAAAAACAGAAGCACCAGGAAAAAGGGCUAUAACACUAUCCAAGGAUCCAAAAGGUUUUGGAUAUUAUUUUUAUGUACCAAAAGAAAAAAGAGUGAUAAGUACCACAAAUUAUAUAUUACCAGAUUAUACAAUAAAUCACAGUUUAAAUGAGAAGAAAGGAUAUGAUAUUAUUGGUACAUUUUUACAUGAGGUCAAAAACAAAAUUGGAGAUAUAAAUGACAUUGAUUAUGACGAGAAUGAAAUAGUAACAUUGUUACCAUCAGAUUUUGAAAAUGAACAUGAUAAUCUGGUAGAUGUUUUACACGAAGAUGAAAUAAGAGUUAAAGAACAUUUACUAAAUGACAUCCAAGAAGAAAUUAACGAUGUAACGCCAAUUAUUGAACCUAGAAGCAUAGAAAAUAUUAAAUUAGAUGAAUUGUUUGACGAUUUUGAAGUUGAAGAAGAACAUAUCAGCGAGGAAACGGAAUCAAGAGAGUCAUUAGGAGAAGAGCUGAUUACUUCUCAAAAUACUGUAGACACAGAACAGGAUGAACAAGAUGAACUGAAUGUGAACAAAUAUGAACCAGAAACUAAUUAUAAUGAUAAUAAUAAAAAUACUGGUGUCGAACAAUAUCCGGAAUUAAACAGCACAUAUAAAUCUCAAGAAAAUGAUCAAGCUAGUUUCAUGCAAGACUCAUUGGUAAGUAAAUGGAAGGAUAUAUUGAAAAAUAAGAUUGAACAGGAAGAAAUUAAAACAAACAUUAUUGAAGACUCAUUUAAACAUAGUAAAGCAUAUGCCUUGGAGAAACUUAACGAAACACAUACAACAGAAAAGAAAUUAGAAACUGAUAAACAACUAGUCUUAGAGAAUGACCUCAAUAUAACACUACAGGAACCUGAUACUCUUAAUAUAGAACAAGAAGACACACAAAAAGAAAAAGAUAAUGUUGAACAACGGAAAGUAUCAGAAAUAGAAUUAAGCAAUAAUGAAGGCGCAGAAAAUAUUUUGAAACAUGAAGAAAUAACAACAAUGGAUACAAACAUAACAGGUCAGAUAGGACAUAAUUUAAAGAAAUCAUCAAAAUCAUUGAGAUCAACUAAUAAUAAAUUACAUCAAGAAAUUAAUGACAAUGUUAAAAAUUUUAUAAAACGGAAGAUAGAAACUGAACACAAAAAGGAAAAGGAAAAGAACAAUGAAAAUAACAGUUUACAACAAGUUCUAGAAAGAGAAAAGGCACUGGAAAGUAAUGAUAUUAGUGUUGCUAAGAUUGACGAAGAACAAGAAAAGUAUUAUGAUGCUAAAGAAUCUGUUUCACUAGUAUCUACAUUACCAAAAGAGGAAGAUAAUUUAACUAAAUCAACCAAUACUACAGACUGGACAAAAAAAACUUUACUUCCUUAA